AUCAUAUAUUAUGUAGUCGCACAAUUUGCUCUUGCUCCAACUGCUUUCCAACCUGCUGACACAUCCGCAGCAACCUCACACUUCCUUGUGCAUUGAUCCCACCUCCGCCUUUCCUUCACAUCACCCCAUCCAACAACGAGAAUGGCCGACGCCAGCGAACAGCAAGAUGCAGAGUUGCUGGACCGUGUGCUGAUGCGCUUUGCGACCGCAGCGACAGACGAGGCCCUGGAGCAGAAUGUGCGCAACCUGCUGUGCCCAAUGCUGCUCAAGUUCAGCAGUCCACACCAAAGCGUCCGCGCCAAGCUCAUGCAGGUGCUCACGCACAUCAACAAGAUCCUCGGGUCCCGAUCAGCGAUGCAAUUGCCGGUGACACCGCUCAUCCAGCAGUACAUCAACAAGGACGUGUCUGGCUCCGUCAAGAAGUUCACGCGUAUCUACCUGACGAUGGGGCUGUCGCGCCUGCCCGAUGACGACCUAUGCACCGGCCUCCUCACCCUCCUCCACAACAUCGAGCACUGCCCGGAUCCGGCGCUGGUGUACCGGCACGUCAUCCCAGCACUGCCACUCCUCAUCAAGGGCAUUAAGCCAGAGAACGUGCUGGAGCAUCUUGGAUGUGCAAGUGCCACUACACACGCCGCAGGCACAAGCAGCGAUAAGGACAAGACAGCACCAUCACCCCCCACUGAACAACAUCAACAACAACAACAACAACAACAAGAUGGGCCCACGGUACAGCGACGGCGGCAACAGCUCGUUGAGUUUGCGCGCGACUUUCUCCUGCUCAACACCGCUGCACUGCAGCUGAUUCAUCCGCAACAGGAGGGCAGCACGGCGCUGCCCCCACCGCCACCCGGUCUCAGUCGCACUCGACUCCUCGCACUCGUUGAUCAGAAGGGUGCGGUGUUCCGCUGCCCGACGCGUGAGGACGUGCACGCACUCAAGCUGGCCGUUGUGGAUGUGUUGUCGCAGCCAAAGACCUUCCAUGCGCGUGACGUGGCCGUGGCCCUGAUGACAGCAGCUGGCGACCCGAACAGCGACAUUGCAGAUCGCGCCGUCCUGGGCAUGCGGCGUGUGGGCGUGGACCUCAAUGACCCUCCAACCGUGGUCAGCAUUAUGCAAUACUUCACGCUGUCGCCGUCGUCCCCUGCGCAGAAGGCGUUGCCUGUGGACGCGCGCCGCACACUCAUGAGCGCACGCGCGCGCAGUGCUAUUGCAGCCCGCCUGGUGCGCUCUGUUGCUGCGCCGAAAGCCGUCCCCGCGUGUCUCGCGUGUGUCUUCAGCUGCAUCUACGACAACGCCGGCGAUGCCAGGCUCCGGUCGCUUGGCCUACAGCUGAUGGGCCGCAUGCUCCACUUUUCGCCCCAGCAGCAGAUUGCUCCGCUCUGCCCGCUCCUCUUUGACCGCACGCUCAAGCUCGUCGACGACCCAAGCAACACGCUUGAAGUUUAUGGCCACGCCUACCACAACCUUGGCCUGCUGGCCCGCAAGUCUGAUGCAAUGCGCGUGCGUGUGCGUGACGAUGUUGCGCUCUUGCGCAAGCUCUUCCAGCGCUGCGCAGGCGCCGCUGGCAACCUUGUCUUGCAUCUUCAGGAAGCGCUCGCCCUUAUGAAGGAGUGCUACAUCGGCGUGAGCGGGGACAACGCACGCCGCCUCGUCAACCUGCUGCUUGAGCACGUCGUGCACACGCAGUCGGCGGUGCGCACAAUGGCUGUGCGCUAUGCAGUCGAUGUGUUUCCGCCCGACCAUGUCUCGUCCCGGUUCGUCCUCAUCCUCGCCUCCGCAGACCAGCAGCAGGACAUUCGCGCAGAGGCACAGGCAGCGCUCAUGCUUGCAGGCAAACCAAAACGCCGGGCAGCGGUGAGCAAAGCCAGGACAAAGGAGGAAAGCACGCAGCGGGAUGGUGCCGAGCCGAAGGGAGCGGCAACUGAGCAGACAAAGGAGACGACAGCAGGUGGCGAGAACGCCCAAGCGAGUGAGGCAGCUCCAGCAACCACCACUGCUGCAACUGAGAGCACACCGUCUCCUCUCUCACCCUCGCCGUUACCCGCAGAGCAGCAGGAAGAAGAAGGCGAUGGCGAGCUUGUUGUUCCCGACUUUGCUGAAGUGGCGUCCAUGCUUGCAAGCAAGUUUCUUGGCGCGAUACGCAAGCGACGUGCGGACGGCACGCCUGGGCUCGUGUCACACGAGCUUCCGUACAAGCAGGGCGUCAUCCAGAAUGGCCUUCUCUUUGCCUUCCGUUGCCUGCAUGCACACGCGACCGCCACGCGUGACGAGGAAGAGUACAUUGCCAAGUACGGGUCCACAAAGGACCGGCUUCUGCGACUGCGACACGCCCUCCUCUCCUCACACGAAGGCAGUGGUGAUGGUGGUGAUGGUGGUGAUGGUCGCGGUGGUCGCGGUGGUCGCGGUGGUCGCGGCGGUGGUGCUCAAGACAAGGCGACCACGGACGCAGCACCAACGAGGACGACAGAGGCAUCUGAGGCGUCUACAACAUCCGCUGUGCUGUCUGCUGCCCCUCCGCUGGCACGUGCACCCGAGAAUCUGCUGACUCAGCACGACGAUCACCCGGCAGCACAGCUCUUCUUCAUGGCAAUGCUGGCGCUGCAAUCCACGUCGCUCGAUGACCUGCAUGCCACGGCACUGCACUGUCUGCUCGAGAUGGCGAGCGUGCUACCGGACGUGGUGUGUGCAAGCAUCGUGCCCAUCCUCUCUCGUCUCUUCACGAACCUCUCAGCGCCGCAGCGCGCCAUCAGCACAUCAUCCGCAAAGCUACUCGCCAUCUGUGCGGUGUUUGUGGAAAACCACCGAGAGCCGACCCUCUCGCGUUGCCUGCAGGCAAUGACUGCUGCCGGUGACGACGUUGGCGGGGCUGCACAUGCAUUUGGAAGCGCCUAUGUCGCCGCGCACGCGUUGGCCGCGCUGCCCACGCAACAACUGGCUGACGGCCGCCUGAUCAAGGCAUUUAUGUCUGCCUGCAAGCAUUUGCUCGCGCUCGCACGGCAGGAGAUGCGCCUUGCCGCCUGCCACGCCAUCUCCGAUGUUGCGCUCGCACACAUCCUCCCGCCCACAGUGUGUGACUUUUCUGAGCUGCUCUCGACACUUCAGCGCUUUUGUCGUCCAGACAAGACUGUGAAGAAGGAGAAGCGCGGUGGGGGCGCAAUGGCGGAGGCAGCCGUCAUCGCCAUCGGCCACCUCGCUCAGUCCUUCGCCUGCUUUGACGAAAGGAGUGGUGAGGGCAAGGAAGGCGCUGAGGACAAGGCAGACUUGUACACGACAGCACUGGAUGCAAUCUACGAAACAGCCCACUAUCGCGUCUUUGAGAUGAAUCUGUCUGCGGGCGAUGCAAUUUCGACGGCGCUGGCAGGUGGACUGUCCAUCCGCUCCCACAACUACUUCAGGGAGGAGAUUGUGACACCACUCAUGUUUGAAGGGGCCACAGAGGGUCACGGGCACGACAGCGCGGCAGAUGAACGCGCCGAUGGUGGCGAACAGAGAGGUGAUAGUAACAGUGAAGGUGAUGGUGAUGGUGAUGGUCAAGUUGUUACGGUGCGAGAGCCGAGUGAGGACGAGCUCAUGGCUCGGCUUGGACGAGGCGUUGACACUAUCCUCGAUCACAAAUCGACGGACAGGAGUGCGGCGACGCGUCACGCUGCGGGCGUCUGGCUCGUCGGCCUCUGCAAGAAUUGCUCCCACACAUCAGCGAUCCAAGAGCGGCUGCCACGCCUCCAGCGCUGUUUCUUCGACCUUCUCUCCGAGGGCGACGCCAUUGUGCAGGAGGUUGCGUCGCACGGAUUGGAGAUGUGUUACGAUUUGGGCACAGAGGAGACAAAGGCAAAGCUUGUGCAGGCCCUCACGUCCGCACUGUCACAGGGCCAUAAGUCCGCGGCACACAAGUAUGCUGCCGGCUCCGAGGACACCGUGUUUGGAGAGGGCGAGCUUGGACGCACGCGCGAAGGGGCGUCGCUGACGACGUACAAGGACAUCUCGUCGCUCGCCUCUGAUCUCAACCAGCCAGACCUCAUCUACAGGUUCAUGAGCCUGGCGAACCACAACGUCCUUUGGAACAGUCGGCGCGGCGCUGCGUAUGGGUUUGGGCGCAUCGCCAAACACACGGGCAUCACCAUCGACGACAAACUUGACGCUGUCCUUCCGAAGCUCUACAGGUACAAGUUUGACCCCAAUGCGUCGACGCGAUCGGCAAUGACGAACAUCUGGUCGACGCUCGUCACGGACCCGGUCAAGACUGUGGACCAACACUUCAUCCCCAUCGUCAAGGAGCUGAAUGCGCACAUCACCGCCCGCCAAUGGCGCGUUAGGGAGUCGUGUGCCCUUGCACUUGCGGACGUGUUGCGUGGCCGCGUUUGGCAGGAAGUGAAGCCCAUCUUCAUUGAGACGUGGCAGCUCGCAUUCCGUGUCAUCGAUGAUGUGAAGGAAUCCGUGCGCAAGGCCGGUAGCGACCUGUGCAAGCGCCUCGCAAAGCUCUCCGUCACACUGUGCAAGAAACCGGAUUCGGGCCCGGCCGUGAUUGCAUCGCUGCUGCCGUUUCUCACAGAGACUGGACUCAUGUCUUCUGUUCAGGAUGUGAAAGCGCUAAGUCUGUCUGUGAUUGUCGACAUUGCACACGAGGCGGGAACAGCGCUGAAACCACACCUGCCAACCCUCGUCAUCACCUUGCUGGAGGCCCUCUCUGGCAUGGAGUCACCCUCCCUUGAUUACAUUGGCCAACGCCUGAGCUCGCGAAAAGGGAUGGAGGAGCGGUUGGAUGACCUGCGCGUGUCUGCAUCAAAGUCAUCGCCAAUUGCGCAAUGCCUGGAUGAGUGCGCACGACAGGUGGACGAGUUGACGCUGCCUGAGCUUGUGCCGCGAAUUUUGAAAAUGACCAAGCAGGGCAUCGGUGCAAGCACGAAGGCAGGCUGCGCUCGCUUCAUCUCAGACCUGGUGCGCACAUGCCGCUCGUCGCUGCAGCCGUAUGCUCGCAAGAUAUUGCGCUCCCUGCUCACUGCCACCGCCAACUGCAAGUCUGCGCCCGUGCGCCGCGACCUUGCCGGUGCUGCUGGGGAAGUGUGUCGCGUGGCAAGCGUGGAGGACGUGGGCAGCCUCCUCAAGAAGGCAAAGAAGAUGUACCUAGAGCACGACAGCGCUGAGCAGAUGGAGGCGAGCUGUAUUGUGUGUCGCGCCGUCGGCCGCAGAGCACACGACGUCAUCCACGCCCAUGCCGCAACAGUCCUUCCUCUUGCCUUCUACGGCCGUCACGAUGAGUCGAAGGUGGUUCGCGACGUGUGGAGCGAUGUGUGGAGCGAAACCACCCAGGGCACAGACGAAGCAGCCAUCCGCAUGCACAUGAAGGAAAUUCUCGCCAUCCUCCAGCCGCGCCUCACAGACAGAUCGUGGGAGCUCAAGCGACAGUCGUCCUCGGCUCUGAGUGCGGCGUUGUCGUCGUGCCGACCGGGAGAUGUGCCAGAGAUCCACGUGCUCACCUCAACCGUGCUCGAGUCGCUCGCGGGCAGAACUUGGGACGGGAAGGAGAAGGCGGUGCAAGCGCUCGUGGACUUGCUGCAGAUGGCGAAACAGGAAAACGAGGAAGACCAAGGAUACAUGUCGUUGCUCGACAAGGGUGUGCACGCUGUUCUGAAGGAGACGGGGAAACGCGACAAGGAGUACAGGCUGAAGGUCAUGCCAGCACUCGGCGACAUUGCGACACAGCUGCAAACGAGGGAGCAGGUUGCUGCUGUUGUUGAGGUGCUGUGCAAGCAACUCAGGGCGUUCGACCCUGAAAGGACACCCAGCGGCACCAACAACGGCAAUGGCGACGACGAUGACGACGAUGACAACAGUGACUCCGAUGAGACGGGUGCUGGCACUGGCGCUGUGCUUGAGGGUGGUGCGCUCUCCUCGCGAACAGAGCGGCGGCAACACAAGGCCCGCGACGCCAUGUCUGCCAAGGCGCGGGCGAAGGAGGCACAUCGUGUGGCUGCACUCGCCGUCGCCGCCAAACUCUGGCAGUCAGGCCACCCGGCCGAGGCUGCAACUGAACGCUUGGGCCCCUUCUUGAAGCAAGCCUUCCAGCGGGGUACCUUGAAGGUUUGUGUCGCUGCUGUUGAGGCGGUGACAGCUGCAGUCAAGCAUCUCGACAACACCACGUCCCCUCCUUGCACAGCGCGCCUGCUCAUUCCGUUCCUGUCAGCAGUCGCAAAGAGCGACUUGAAGAGUGCGCACUCGUCGCUCCGCUACGCAGUGGCUGUCCUGUGCCUUGAGCUGAAGAAGGCAGACACCCUGGUGGAGCGCUUAGACACGGCGGCUCGAUCAGAGGCGGGACAAGCGGACGAGGAAACGCCGUCUGCGGCACUGAAAGCGAUUGUCGGGCAGCAGCUCAAAGGAGACGCGGCCACCAACGUGCGGGCUGUGUUGGCAGAGAUGGAGAGGGUUGGCUAGUGUGCGCGUGUGCGUGUGUGUAAGUGUGUGUGUGUUGUGUGUUGUGCGCGUGUGCGUGCGUGUGUAAGUGUGUGUGUGUGUAUGUGUGCGUUUGUGCGUGCGUUUGUGCGUGUGUGUGUGUGCGUGUGUGUGGUGUGGGUGCACCUGUCACCACACCUCACCUGUUUGCUGUGUCAUGUCACAUCACAUCACAUCACAUCACACAAUAAAAAAAAA